AUGGCAAAUUUUAUUACCCAUAUUCGGGUGGGAGGCAUGACAUGUUCUUCUUGUACAAAUUCUGUGACUAAUGCUCUCGAGGCUGUUGAUGGGGUCCAAAGGGCUGAUGUCUCUCUUCUUACUGAAGACGCUACUGUGAUACAUGAUGAUAGUGUCAGUCCAGAGAAACUUCAAGAUGCCGUGGAAGAUAUUGGCUUUGAAGCUUCAAUGGAGACCUCUCAAAGGCAGCCUAAUUAUAAUGAGAAGCCAUCAUCUCGGCGUAUUAUUACUCAUCUUACUGUCAUGGGAAUGACCUGUAGUUCCUGUGUAAGCUCUGUGACAAAUGCUUUAGAUUCCUUGUCCGGUGUCGACAAUGUUGCAGUUUCUCUUCUCACCGAAGAAGCUACCAUUCAUCACGAUGAUAGUAUUGGUGCCAUUCAAUUGGCUAAAGCCGUGGAAGAAGUCGGCUUCAGGGCCUCCAUAAACGACUCGAAAGAACUACUAGAGAGUUCUAAUGUCUUGUCGUCGUCGUCGUCGUCGUCGUCGUUGUCAUCACUGUCUUCCAUCGAAGACAUCACUUUAAAAAUCUAUGGAAUGUCAUGUUCUAGCUGUUCCAACUCUAUACAGAGUCAAGUGUCUCAAAUAGAUGGCGUCAAGAGCUGCCAAGUUGCUCUUGCUACUGAAGAAGCAUAUGUUACCUUUGAUUCUAACUUAGUGGGAAUUAGGACCAUUGUGGAAUCCAUCAAAGAUUGUGGCUUUGAUGCCUCCGUGAACAGCGGCCUUGAUACCGUCUCGCAGCUCAACCUACUAGCUAAAGUGAAAGAACAGAAGUACUGGCGUUCCAACUUCUUCAAAUUGUUGAUUGCUGGUCUUCCUAUCCUUUUUUUCGAGACUGUUUUCCCCAUAAUCAGGAAAAGAUGCCACAUGAAUCUGAGACUAACCCAUGGAAUUUAUUUUGACGUGCUUAUACAACUCGUUCUCGGUACAUAUAUUCAGUUCUGGCUCGGUAGACGGUUCUAUAUCAGCACAUUCAAAGCCCUCAAGCAUUAUAGUGGUACUAUGGAUACGUUGAUCUGUACCUCUACCUCGAUCGUUUAUUUAUACUCGAUUUCUUCCAUCAUUAGAUCUUUAGUUCUGGUCGAUAAUGAGCGUCCUACUGUUCUCUUCGAUACUUCCGCCAUGCUUUUUUCCUUUGUCACCCUUGGUAAAUGGGCUGAAAGCAAGGCAAAGGGUAAUACAUCCACGGCUUUAUCUAAAUUACUUUCUUUGGCUCCUACUUCUUGCACUAUAGUUGAGAAUCCUCAGGCGUUGGCCGAUACGAAGGGUGAUUCUUCUUCUUCUUCUCAUCUUUCCGGCGUCAUUCAAAAGCAUGUCCCAGUAGAGCUUCUCCAGAAAGGAGAUAUUGCUAUAGUACUCUCUGGAGCUUCUAUUCCUGCAGAUGGUGUUUGUAUCUUUGGAAGUUCGGAUGUUGACGAGUCUCUUAUCACAGGAGAAUAUCUGCCUGUGCCCAAGAAGGUCGAUUCCAACCUUAUUGGAGGCUCUGUAAACAUCUUAUCUACUCUAUAUCUGCGUGUUGAAAGAGUCGGUGAAAAAACGCAGCUUCAACAGAUUGUCAAACUUGUCAAGGAUGCCCAGAUCGCCAAGGCCCCUGUUCAGAGGUUUGCUGAUGCCAUUGCUGCCAGAUUUGUUCCCAGUAUUCUUGCUUUGGCUUUCUGUACGUUUAUAUUCUGGUCACUGUUUAUUCAUUCCCACGAUAUUGACGAUGUUCCAUCGAUGUUUAAGGACAAAUCAGGAGAUAAUGUUCUUUUCUCUCAAGUGAUUCAAGUUGCCAUAUCUGUGAUCGUGGUGGCAUGUCCAUGUGCUUUAGGGCUUGCUGCUCCUACAGCUGUGAUGGUUGGUACUGGUGUUGGUGCUACCCAUGGUAUCCUCAUUAAAGGAGGUGAUGUUUUGGAACGUGCCAGUGGAAUCGACACCGUUGUGUUUGAUAAAACAGGUACCGUGACUUCAGGCAGAAUGAGGUUAACUCAGCACAUGUUUACAGGCCCAUAUCAGGACAAACAGAACUUGUUGUGGUCGUUACUUUAUGCUGUGGAGCAAAAUAGUGAGCAUCCUAUUGCCAAGGCUAUUGUCAAAGGAGUUAAAGAAGAGAUGCAGAAAGAAGAUGGUAAAGACCCGAUUAUGCCUGUGACUAUUGAACACAUUAAGACUGUUGCUGGACUAGGUAUCACGGCUACUGUACGGUUGGAUGAUGAUGGAGAAAGCAAAAUUGUUCGCGUUGGUAGUGCCAGUUACAUCAACGAGAUUCAAAUUUCCAAUUUGGCUGACUUCAACAAGGCUUUGACUACAGUUGGCGCCUCAGCAAUAGGCUCUGUCAGCUAUUUACUGGUAGAUCACGUCUACAGCGGCUAUAUUGAGUUGACAGAUACUCUUAGACCGGAUGCCGUUGCUACCAUUUCAGGUUUGCUUGACCGUGGCUACAGUGUGGCAAUGGUGAGCGGAGAUAACGCAGUCACCUCCAAAAGCGUAGCCUGUACUGUGGGUAUCCCUCUAGCCAAUGUUUUGGCUGAAGCAAGACCUGAGAAGAAGCUCGAGGUUGUGAAGGUGCUUCAAAAAAUGGGACGUAAAGUUGCCUUUGUUGGUGACGGUGUUAAUGAUGCACCGGCAUUGGUUCAAGCUGAUAUAGGUAUCGCAGUGGCUACAGGAACCGAUGUUGCCAUGUCAGCAGCAGACAUUGUUCUUAUGUCGUCGGGAGCUACAGGUGAAUCUGCUUGUACAAACUCUGUCUCCUUGGUGUUCAACUCUUUAGAGGUCUCUCUUAAGACUUUCCAUGCGAUUCGUGCCAACUUCGUGCUAGCCAUUAUCUAUAAUUUGGUGAUGCUUCCAAUCGCUAUGGGUCUGCUUAUAAUACCGUUUGGCAUUCAUAUGCAUCCGAUGUUGGCCUCUGCUUCUAUGGCCUGUUCUUCUACCAGUGUGGUGUUGAAUUCGCUACGUCUCAAGAACUGGAUACCCCAUAAUAUGAUGGAGGAGUACUCGAAUGGUGUCGCCGGCAGAUUUCAUUCCGACCUUGAAGAUCAGGCCUCUAAUUCAGACCUAACAACGCUUGAUAUCGACAACUUUGAGAUUAACUACAGUCGUUUAUCACGAGUCUCUUUGCUCGGUAAGAUCAGGCGGAUCUUCAACAAGAAAAGACCAUCAUCACUUGAUCGGGCAUACGAGCUUGUUUCAAAUAAUUCUCAUAACUAA